GCUCAUUAUAGGAAAUUAUUAUGUGAAGACAGAAUUCAAGCAUUCGAUGAACAUCAAGAACUUGAUAUUGAGAUCCCUAAGUUGAAUAUUUUGAACGCAAUUAAUUGGACUGCACAAGCAUGGAAUAGUGUUACUGAUGAUACAAUAUACCGUUGUUGGCAAAGAACAGGUAUUUUACUUGAAGAAAUGUAUGAAGAAGAAAUGUAUGAAGAACCAAAUGAAUUAGAAAAUGAAUUAGAAAAUGAAUUAGAGAGUGAAGAAAAUGCAGUCCAAUUACUUAUCAGUCAAAUGAAUAUUGAUAUCAUGGCAAAUAAUUAUAUUAAUAUUGAUGACAGAAUAGAAAUUGCUGAAGUAGUUGAAGAAGAAGAGAUAAUUGCUGCGGUACAAGUGGCACCAGAAGAAGAAGAGGAGGAGGGAGAUGAUAUAGGUAAUCCAAUAUCAAAUACAGUUGCGUUGGAUAGCAUUCAAAAUAUAUUUAAUUAUUUGCAGCAAAAUGCAGAUAUAAAAAUAAAUAAUUCAUUAAUCUCGGGAAUGAAAAACCUGCAGCAUCAGAUUAGAAGAAAGCAAAAUGCCUCUCUAAAACAACUUACCUUGGAAAGUUUUUACAAAAAAUAA